AAACUGUAAAAAAGGCAAACUCAAAAAUCGAGAAGACGAAGUACUACUCGACGCCGCCGUUUUGCAACCAACAAAACCCUAAUUCGUAAAAACCCAAAAGCAAAAUUUCUAAUUGUAAACCCUAACAUUUGGGUGAUACCGCGCUAUGAGAAUUCGGAGAUAUUCAGGAAUCGAUCUAUGGUGUAUAGUAUCACGAGUACUACCAUUUUUCACCAGCCACAUCUGCCUUAAAUCACUGUUUCUGCCUUGAGAUGGGAAGUAGCAAAUCAAAAAAGAAAGUAAGCAAGAUUAAAAUAAGCAUUAGGAAGCUAAAUGAAAAUGGUGACUGUACAAGGCUGGUAAGCCCUUUUGAUUAUGAUGACAAGUAUUCUAUUGUCGACAAGAAUGAGGGUGGUAUAGCCGAAGCAGAUACACAAGCAGUUAAGUUAAGGAAAGCUCAGAAAAACAAAAGCAAAGAUUCAUCAAAUGGACCAAGUGCUGUGAGGAAUGGUGCUGAUGAUUCUUUUGGAGAAAAUAGAAAGUCCAAGAAGGCUUAUAAGAAGGAUGGCCAUUCAACAAAUAAAAAAAGAAAGUUGAUGCAAGAGGUUCAAGAGGUUGUUGCAGAUGAAUCUUUAAAAGGAGGAAAAACAAAGUCUAAGAAGGCUUUUAAGAAAGAUAGCCAUUCUACAAAUAAAAAAAGCAGGUUGGCAAAAGAGGUGCAUGAAGAUGCACUGCCUAAUGUGUAUCAAAUCUCAUCAGGAGAGGAAGAUGACUCUAAAGGGAUGAAAAAGUGGAUUCAUGAAUUCCAUGAGAGGAGACCUGGACUGAAGGUUCUACAAGAACGGAUUGACGACUUUAUCACUGUGCACGAGGAGCAAGAAGAAGAGCUAAGAAAAGAGAGAGAAGCCAAACUUAGUGAGGUCGGGUGGACUGUUGUCGUUCAUCGUAAGGGCGGGAAAAGGACUACUGAUCCUGAAAGCGGUGUUGCAGUGGGCUCUGUGGCAGAGGCUGCUGUGCGUGACAGAAUGGACAAGAAAAAGAGCAAGGAUUUUAGACUAGAUUUCUACCGAUUCCAGAGGAAAGAAGCCCACAGGAGUGAGGUUAUGAAGCUACAAAGUAAAUUUGAGGAGGACAAGAAAUGGAUUCAACAACUCAGAGCUGCUCGGAAGUUUAGACCUUAUUGAAGACUUUCGUUCAAUCGCAGAGUUACUGGAGUGCAAGGUCUUGAUAACAACUCGGAGCAUUUGUCUUGCUUGGGUAUCUACCUGUCUUGAAUCUGAAUAAUCUGGUUAGAACUAAUUGAGAUCGAGUGAUCCAAGCUACAUACUUGAGUUAACGGUCAUUGUCAGCUUUAGACUUAAGAUGGUAUCCGAAACCUAGUCGGAGUGGAGUAGAGAUCACAAGAGAAACACAAUACUGAAACUACAUUUUGAAUAUACAAGUAUGUUGACUGGUGAUUAGUUGUACUAUUAAAUUGAGCUGGUGAUUGGUUGGCUGUUGUUGUAUACUAAAAUAAUAAGAUGACACCAACCCAGAUAGAUUAUCAGAUAUUCACAUGCAUUUAUGUUUUUGGUACCUCCAUCAGUGCUGUUUUUGACUCUUUUAAGGAUCUUGAUUUUUGGGUUAGAUGACACAAUACAUGCUUAUGCUAAAUCAUGCAUUAGACAUGUACUAAUAAACAAUUCUUUUUAGUAAAAUUAAUUUAUGUUUGAGUAA